AGCUCAAUGCCGAUGCUGGUGGUUGUGCUAGUCCUCCUUGGAGCAAUGGAGCCGCUGUCCUGAGAAGGACAGGGGACAGCGACCGGUUUCUCCUAGUACUGUUUCGCCAUUAUUACUGUGCCUGCCAAUAACUCGAUUAUUAAUUAUUAGGAAACUAAUAAUAAUUGUAGUAAGAUAGAGGGCGUUUUACCCACCGUUUCUUGGUUCAAUUGUGGACAUUGUCUUGUGUAAAGAUGGCACCCUUGGUUUUAUUCCAGCUCUUUUGAGUGUUGAGUCAAUUUGUGGUAGGUUCCUAAAGGAAGAUGCUGUUUGUACUCUUUAAUCCAUGUGGGGUGCCCAGUUGGUCAGAGUAGUAUUACCCUGUUGGAUCAUCUGAGGCUACUUUCUUGCAGAGGGAUGCCACCUCGGUUUAGGUUUCCUGCUUAUUGUGUCAAUUUGAGGUUUAUUUUUCCUGAAGGUGAGGCAACAUUGCUGCCAUUUAUGCCCACUGUCUUCUUAUAGGGGUGACCUAGUGAUCCAGUUACUAACUUAUUGAGCCCUUAAUGUGGAUCCUUCACUAUAUUAGUGUACAAAUGCCUAGGGUUAUGCUAUGCCAUUUUGGUGCUUCCCGAAGUGGACAGGUGGCUUAGUUUCCCCUUUUCCUGAAUCAGUUCCCUGUAGAGUGUCCAUGUGGUUGAAUUCCCCUACCAUAUCAAUUUGGGGGGCAAUUUACUCUACAUACAGGCCAGCUUUCCAUUCUUGGUACACUCAUACCCUUGGCUUCAGAAUCGUAUGACUUCAUAGCGUGCUCAAGUGAUUAAACUCAAUAUAUGGCGAGUCCUUAGUAAGUGGCACUAAGAUUGUGCAUUAAUAGGUAGAAGCACCAUGGGACUCCUAGGUAUGAUGGGUGACUCAUUUGGCUGCUCAGCUACCGGUGAGCGGCUCGUCUCUGCCGCGAGGGAUGGAGACAUCCAGGAGGCUAGGGCCCUAUUGGAGCUUAACCCCCGGCUUGCACGAUACUCGACAUUCGGUAUCCGAAACACACCCCUCCAUUACUCGGCGGCAAAGGGCCACCACGAGAUUGUUUCCCUGCUAAUAGAAUCUGGCGUUGAUAUCAACCUUAGGAACUGCAGAGGACAGACUGCUCUGAUGCAAGCUUGUCUAUAUGGUCAUUGGAAAGUUGUACAGAUCCUAGUUCUUUUUAAAGCUAAUAUUCACAAAAAAGAUUGUUUUAGUGGUGCAACAGCAAUUCAUUUUGCCGCCCUGAAAGGUCAUACCCGGUGCAUCCGGCUUAUUGCGGCUGAUUACGUGCCUAGUUUGCCGGAUUUUUGGAGCAUCAUGCGCGGAACAGCCACGGGUGAAACAAAUAAGGAAGCUUUUGACGCAGCAAAUCUCCAGAGACUAGUUAAUGCAAAGUCAGAUGGAGGUGUCACCCCUCUUCACUUGGCAGCUCUUCACGGGCAUGCUGAGAGCUUGCAAUUGCUGUUAGACCUUGGAGCCUCUGUCUCUGAGGUCACAGUCAACGAUGGCUCAACUAUUGAUCUCAUAGGUUCAGGAAGCACGGCCCUUCACUAUGCAGCUUGUGGAGGAAGUGCUGUAUGCUGCCAACUUCUCAUUGCAGCAGGAGCACACAUGGGAGCUGAAAAUGCUAACGGGUUGAGUCCUUUGAUGGUGGCUCGUUCAUGGCACAAAACCGGUGCUGAAGGCGUCCUAAGCAAACUGCCAGAAGGGAGACUACUAAUUCUUCCGUCACCAUAUCUAUCUCUUCCACUGAUGAGCAUUGUCAAAAUCGCUCGGGAAUGCGGAUGGAGAAAAACCUCGGCAUCAUCUAGUAGUUGCCAUGAUCCAUGUGUGAUAUGUUUGGAGAUGGAAUGCACAGUAGCUGCAGAAGGUUGUGACCAUGAGUUCUGCACCAAAUGUGCACUCUAUCUGUGCUCCACCACCAGCAGCUCGACGUGUACCCGCGGGGUGCCCGGCUCCAUAUCUUGCCCUCUGUGCAGGCACACAAUAGUCUCCUUCGUGAAGCUCACAGGCACCACCUUCCUGAAGGAGCUUCCAUGGACUACCUCAUCAUUGGCUCUAUGUGCGGCAGGCGCAAGCACUGGCUCGUUGCGUCGCCAGUCGGACAUCCGUCGCCUACGCUCCACCUCAGUUCACCUGGGAUGCUCCUCUUUUCGAUCCACCGGCUCCGGUAGAUUGUCGUCGAUCAAGUUGAAUUGCGGCAGGCUUGACGAGACGUUGCCCUGCCUCGUCAGUUGUAUCAGGCCGGAUGUGCGGCGAUCAUCUUCGUACAGGGAAAGAGUCGGUAGUAGAUAUACAGAGUUUUCAUAAUGCUCUGCUCCUUUUUGUUGGCGUUGUGUGCAUCCCUUUCGUUUUGUGAGCUGGAGUUUGGUGAUUCAAACUUGUGCAGCAUCUGUUCAUGUCUAUCUGUUUGUUUGUUUGUAUGAUUUCCUACUCAGUUUCUUCUAA